CCAUUUCAGAAAAUUUAACCUUAUUUUCAUCUGUACUUAAUGGAAGUAUUUUUGUUUUGCAUAGGUAGAAAGAACAGAAAAUCACUAAUCCCAAGGGUGUGGGUUGGCCCAUUGUACACGCUAAGUAUUGGACAGAAUUUGUGUUUAUAAAACUUCUACUCCCGAAUCCAUUUGCUAGAGAAGCCCUUUCUCCACCCUCGUCAGAACUGACACGGCGAGCGCUCUCCGAGGGUCCAAUCCAGGUCACGUGUGUUGGGCCGGCCUUGCGCAGCCGCAGUAGCCGCCAAAGGGGUGGUCAAAGGGUCCAGUUUGCGCAGCCGCAGUAACAGGCGGAAGCCGCGUUCGAAGGCGCCGGCUUGGUACCGCCUCAGUAACUUGCUGAGGGAGCGGCCAACGGUCACAGGUGCUUCCCUUCGAGCUUUGAAGGCUGCCGGCUGCUUUCUCCCUUUCUCUUCCGUCAUCUUUUGAGCGAGGGGCCAUGAGCUGGGCUGUGAGAGUCCUGCGGGCUGGCCAGAGAGUGGGCGCUGCGAAAGCGAAUUUCCUGGGCCUGGGAAUGGCGUUAGGCCCCCGCCAGACAGCUGGCGUCCCCCUCAGGGGUGCGUGGCCCGUCGCCCCUGCGUCUGAGAUGGCGACCGUCAAGUGUGAGCUUCUGAAGAAUCUCACUUCGGACGAGGCCGUUCGUUGCAGUAAGAUCUCCAUUGUAGGAACUGGAUCGGUUGGCAUGGCCUGUGCUAUCAGCAUCCUGUUAAAAGGCUUGAGUGAUGAACUUGCCUUGGUGGAUGUUGAUGAAGGCCGACUGAAGGGUGAGACAAUGGAUCUUCAACAUGGCAGUUCGUUCAUCAAAAUGCCAAAUAUUGUUUGCAGCAAAGAUUACCUUGUCACUGCAAACUCCAGCCUCGUGAUUAUCACAGCAGGUGCACGCCAGGAAAAAGGGGAAACACGCCUUAAUUUAGUCCAGCGAAAUUUGGCCAUCUUUAAAUUAAUGAUUUCCAGUAUUGUCCAAUACAGCCCUCGCUGCAAACUGAUUGUUGUUUCCAAUCCAGUGGAUAUCUUAACUUAUGUAGCCUGGAAGUUGAGUGAAUUCCCUCAAAACCGUGUUAUUGGAAGUGGUUGUAAUCUGGACACUGCCCGUUUCCGUUUCUUGAUCGGGCAAAGGCUUGGUAUCCACUCUGAAAGCUGUCAUGGGUGGAUCCUUGGAGAGCAUGGAGAUUCAAGUGUUCCUGUGUGGAGUGGUGUGAACAUUGCUGGUGUUCCUCUGAAAACUCUGAACGUAGAUAUAGGAACUGAUAAAGAUCCUGAGCAGUGGAAAAAUGUUCACAAAGAUGUGGUUGCUAGUGCCUAUGAGAUUAUUAAAAUGAAAGGUUAUACUUCUUGGGCCAUUGGCCUAUCUGUGGCUGAUUUAACAGAAAGUAUUUUGAAAAAUCUUAGGAGAGUGCAUCCACUAUGUCAGUCAGGAUAG